UUCAUGUCUAUUUAUAGGUAAGUACUUAUAUGUGGUUUGAUUGAUAACGCGUUUCAUACGGCUAUGUCCCAGGCGGAGGGUUGCAAUCACGAAGCAGCCAGCCCACCGACCGCGCGCUGCAGUCAAUCAAAGACAUCUCGCGAGAAUAGUUGCCUGUCCGUAAAAAAGAAAAAGAAAUUGGCGGUAAAAUUUUAGAACAGUUUGUUUAUGAAAGUUUUAAUUUAAAAUUAUUUAGUUUCUUUUGUUUUUGUUCCGUAUUCGUUUGUAGUAAAUACUUAAACGGAAAAUGACUACGCUCCUGAGGAAAAUGUGGAAAACUCACUCCAAACACAAGAAGCUAUGCGAAGAGUGGGCGCUGGCAGAGCACGAGGGGGAGGGCUGGUGGCGCGAGUCGGGCGCGGCGGCGCGCUCCGAGGUGCGCUACGCGGGCGCCGUGCCCGUGGGCCGCGCCGCCUCCGCGCCCGCCACCGCCGCCGCCGUGCGCGCCGCACGGGUCAACGCUAAAUCGUCCAACAAGAAGCUGCAGAAGGUGGAACUGGACAUCAGUCCGAGGGGCGUCGUAGUGACGGACGCCGACACCCGCGACAACGUGCUCAGCGUCUCCAUCUACCGGAUCUCAUUCUGCUCAGCGGACGCGGCCAACGCUCGCGUGUUCGCGGUGGUGGAGGGGGGCGCGCGGGGGGACAGCCACACCGCCCAUGUGUUCGUUUGCAGCCGCCGCCGCUACGCGCGUGCGCUUGCGCUGGCGCUGGCGCAUGCGUUUAAUGAUGCUUAUCAGUCUUGGCAAGCAAGUCAGGCGAGCUCCCUAUCUGGCUCCAAGCGUCUAGCACCCUGGGUUCGAUUCCCCGACGACGACGAGGAGGAGGCGGACGAGGCGGCGGACACGGAGCAGUGGCAGGGGCUCGCGCCGCUCGUCACCUUCGCAUAAUUAUAUUGAAUAGGUACUUUAAGAUUAAGAUAUAAUAAGUAACCCAGAGUAGUAGGUAGAGAUGAGGAGUUGCUCUGAAAAGCUACGUAGCAGCUGUUUUAAGUUAAGUAUAAAACUUAUGAACGUUCCGUUCUUAGGUCUUUUUAGAUUGCAUUCGAUAGGUUUCAGAGUUAGACUAUGUAGAUUUUUUACAUUCUAUUCAUAAUUAUUAUACAAGCUAUUUAGGUACCUAUACUGUUUUCAUUUAGGUACUUUGUUCAGUAGUCCGUACAUAAAAUUUAUGAAAGCUGGAAAGCCACCUAACUUUGUCGAUUUGGAAAAUGCCAUAGUUAUAAAUUGCAAUUGCAAUGAGGGAAUUAUUGCUUCCAAUUUAAAUAUUUUUCGAAAACACACAAUACAUAGUUAAGUAUAAAUGUAAAGUUUAUUGAGGCUAAUAAUUCAUUUACCCUUAAGGUAUAAUCUCUCUUUCUAUGUUAAGUAUAAUAGAUGUAAGUGGAUAGGUGUGAUUAUGUAUUAAGUUAAUUUUAAGUCAUGAUAAUGUAAUGAAUUUAUCAAGUGCCAUUUUUAUAUAAAAAAUAAAUAAUUGACUGAUUUGAAAAGUUGGUUCACGGGUGAUAAUUAUAUAAAAUUAAAAAAUUAACGUUAAUUAAAACGGUGCUAUAAAAUUUAAAAAUUAAUUAACAGUAAAUUUAAGGUAUAAAAGGUGUUAAGUUUUUUAACAUUAAACUGCUUGGGUAUUCAAAAACUAGAUUUUUAUGGAAUGGUGAUAAUUUGCUUCUUUAUCACUAAUUAAGCGUAGUAGCCUAAGUAGUACAAGUAAGUUGGUGAAUAAUUUGUUUUUUGCAGAAUAUCAAGCAAAUGAAACAUUAAGUAACUAAGUACUGGAUGACUUAAUUAGGUAGGUAUCUUAUAAUUAGAUACUGUUGCAACACUUGAUCUUGUAUUUUGUAAAUAAUAAAAAUUAUUAUUGUA